AGGCUUAAGCCUCUCAAUAUUUUAUUUUUCACGUAUCUCUAUUUUCUCUCUCCUCUCCCUGUCGGUGUACACAGAUCUUGCGCACUUCCAACGUUCUUCUUCUUCUUUUUGUGUCACUAUUCUUCUCAUUUCGGCUUAUUCACCUGCAACAAAUCGUGGGUAUCACUUGGUUUUUAAGUUCAAUCAACGAAGCUAUAGCGCUGUGUUUCUCCCACCUCGGGAUCUUUGGUGGGGUUGUCAGAAAAUUCAAAAAAAUAAGGACUUUUUGUUGCCAAAUUGGAAAUUUGUGGCUUUAGAAAUCUUGGUUCUUCCAAAAACUUGGUGAGGUUGGUGUUUGUGGGAUUUGGAGAAGAGUGAGCGAGUGUGUGUGUGUGUGUGUUUAAUUGUUUAUCAGUGAUUCCAUUUUUCUUCUAUGUUUGGUGAAGAGAAGGAUAAUAAUAAUAAUAAUAAGCUGGGAUUGUUGUUGUGGAUUUGUGAUAAGGAGAGAGGGUAGGUGGGGAUAAAUGUGGCUGAUUUGAAUGGUCAAAGUUUGAAUUUUUUUGAAAAUUCUAAGGUCUUUGUUUUGUUCAGUUUGUGCUUGAUCUUCAAGAGGUGUCAAUAAUUUUGUUGGGCUCAGCAGAAAAUGCAGCAAGAUCACAGGAAAAAGGUGGAUUUUUUUUCAGCUCAUCAUUUCUGAAAAUUGUGCAAUUUGAGAUUGAAUUCAACAGAGAUGGAUUUUUUCUCCGAAUAUGGUGAUGCCAACCGGUACAAAAUUCAAGAAGUCAUUGGGAAAGGAAGUUAUGGUGUUGUCUGUUCGGCCAUUGACACUCAUACAGGUGAAAAAGUGGCGAUUAAGAAGAUUCAUGACAUCUUCGAGCAUAUAUCUGAUGCCGCACGUAUCCUCCGUGAAAUAAAGCUUCUUAGGCUUCUACGACAUCCCGAUAUAGUUGAAAUCAAACACAUCAUGCUGCCACCUUCUAGGAAGGACUUCAAAGAUAUUUAUGUUGUUUUUGAGCUUAUGGAGUCUGAUCUUCAUCAAGUCAUCAAAGCCAAUGAUGACUUAACAAAAGAGCACUAUCAGUUUUUCCUUUACCAAUUACUUCGAGCAUUGAAGUAUAUUCACACCGCAAACGUGUAUCAUAGAGAUUUGAAGCCAAAGAAUAUACUAGCAAAUGCAAACUGUAAACUUAAAAUUUGUGAUUUCGGGUUAGCUAGAGUUGCCUUCAAUGACACACCAACUACUAUUUUUUGGACGGAUUAUGUUGCAACAAGGUGGUAUAGAGCUCCGGAGCUUUGUGGAUCAUUUUAUUCUAAGUAUACACCAGCAAUUGAUAUAUGGAGCAUCGGGUGCAUCUUUGCCGAAGUGCUCACAGGAAAGCCACUUUUUCCUGGAAAAAAUGUUGUCCACCAGUUGGAUCUGAUGACAGAUCUGCUUGGGACACCCUCACUGGAUACCAUAUCACGGGUACGCAAUGAGAAGGCACGGAGAUACCUUACUAGCAUGAGGAAAAAACAGCCUGUGCCAUUUGCACAUAAGUUUCCUAAUGCAGACCCUUUAGCGCUACGACUACUAGAGAGAUUGCUGGCUUUUGAUCCGAAAGACCGACCUACUGCUGCAGAGGCAUUGGCUGAUCCUUACUUCAAGGGACUGGCUAAAGUUGAGAGAGAACCGUCCUGCCAGCCAAUCACGAAAAUGGAGUUCGAAUUCGAAAGGCGAAGAGUCACGAAGGAGGAAAUUCGUGAGCUAAUUUUCCGUGAGAUUCUAGAGUAUCAUCCACAAUUAUUGAAAGACUACAUGAAUGGAACAGAGAGAACUAAUUUUCUUUAUCCAAGUGCCGUUGAUCAAUUCCGGAAGCAGUUUGCUCAUUUAGAGGAAAAUGGUAAAAAUGGACCAGCAGUGCCACUUGAUAGAAAGCAUGUUUCUCUUCCAAGGUCAACAAUUAUACAUUCAAACAUUGCACCCACCAAAGAGCAGACGAGUAUUGCUUCCUCGAAAAACCGGCAAACAGCUGAAGACUAUAACAAGAGCUCGAGAGAUACAGAAAUUACAGUGCCACGGCCAAUGCCAGGUGCCCAAAGAAUUCCACUAGCAAAACCUGGUAAAGUUGUUGGGCCGGUUGGACCGUACGAGUAUGCGAGUGUUGUCAAGGAUUCUUAUGAUCCAAGAACAUUAGUAAGAGGUUCUGUGGUUCCUUCUCAACCUGUUCCCACAGCAUACUAUUACCAUAGUUCUAGCACCAGUAAUCGACCGGUAACAGAAGCCGAUAAGGGCGUUCCUUUGCAGGCAACAACACAUGGUCAACAAUGUGGAGUUAAUGCCAAGAUAGCGCCCGAUAUAGCAAUCAAUAUCGACAAGAACCCAUUUUUCAUGACGCGUGUCGGAGUGAACAAGCUAGAACAAGAUGAUCAAAUAGCCAUAGAAACAAACUUGCUGCAAUCUAAGGCUCAAUAUGGUGGGAUUAGUGCUGCAGCUGGAGCCACUGCUCAUAGAAAAGUUGGACCUGUUCAGUAUGGUAUGACAAGAAUGUUCUAACUUCUAAGUAAGAUUUCAAAAUAUGGAAAGAGCAAUCCCUUGUAGAGCAAAAAGAAAAGUUCCCCCUCUAAAUUGAACUGAAUCUCUAAAGUGAGAAACUUAACUUUAAGGUGGAUAUAUUCUUAUUUUCUCACUUUAAGGGGUGUUCCUGAGUUGGGGUUCUGGAGAGAAAGAAAUGGAACCGUUCCAUUCUUUCGCUUCAGAAAUCCAACUCAGAAACACAUCCUUAGGGAGAAACUAUACAGUCUUUAAAGGAAUCGUAUUCGUAUCCGCGGAGAAAAAUGCUAAGUCUCUUGUGGUUUGUAUAAUAUGAGGGAUAGUAAGGGCCAUAAUGAGGCAAUGCUUUCCCUAUGAAGAGCCAGCAUUCUGUGGUUAAAAGUUGUAAACUUUGGUUACAAUUGUCAGCAAACUGUAACUAUGAAACAGAAUCCUAAUUUGCAAGUUAAUCCAUACCAUUCUAUUUCCCUUU